GCACGUCCUGAAGAACAUGAACCACACAGAUCUCGCUAACACACUGCAGAACAAGAUAGAUAAGAACUCUGAGUAUCAGAAAAAACUCAAAUCCAAACUGGGAGAAAAAUUUAAAAUAAUUAAUGAAGGAAUCUCACAGCCUGGAAGCUCAGCACUUCUGAAUGAGAUCUACACUGAGCUCUACAUCACAGAGGGUUGGAGUGGAGACAUCAAUAAUGAACAUGAGGUGAGUCAGAUUGAGGCAGCGUCCAGGAGACCAGCAACACAGGAGAAACCCAUCAAAUGUAAUGAUCUCUUUAAAGACAAGUCCAUCAGAACUGUGCUGACUAAAGGAGUUGCUGGAAUUGGAAAAACAGUCUCUGUACAGAAGUUCAUCCUGGACUGGGCUGAAGGAGAAGUAAAUCAGGACGUCACCUUCAUGUUCCCACUUCCCUUUAGAGAGCUGAAUCUGAUGAAGGAGAAAAACCUCAGUCUGAUGAAACUUCUUCAUCACUUUUUCCCAGAAAUUAAAGAAUUAUACUUAAUAGACUCCACUGCUUAUAAAGUCUUGUUUAUCUUUGAUGGUCUGGAUGAGUGUCGACUUCCUCUAAAUUUCCAGAAGAAUGAGAUAUUGUGUGAUGUGACAGAGUCAGCCUCAGUGGAUGUGCUGCUGACGAACCUCAUCAAGGGGAAUCUGUUUCCCUCUGCUCUCCUCUGGAUAACCUCUCGACCAGGAGCAGCCAAUCAGAUCCCUUGUGAGUGUGUAGACCUGGUAACAGAGAUACGAGGCUUCAGUGAUCCUCAGAAAGAGGAGUACUUCAGGAAGAGGAUCAGUGAUCAGAGCUUGGCCAAUAAAAUCAUCACACACCUGAAGUCUUCAAGAAGCCUCUACAUCAUGUGUCACAUCCCAGUCUUCUGCUGGAUCUCAGCCACUGUUCUAGAGAGAAUGUUGGGUGGAGCAGAGGGUGGAGAGAUCCCCAAGACUCUGACUCAAAUGUUCACACACUUCCUGAUCUUUCAGAUCAAACACAAGGACCAAAAGUACCAUCAGAAAUGUGACCCUGAUCCUCAGCAGACCAGAGAGAGUAUCAUGGCACUGGGAAAACUGGCUUUCCACCAGCUGGAGAAAGGAAACCUGAUCUUCUAUGAGGAAGACCUGAGAGAGUGUGGCAUUGAUGUCAGAGAAGUGUCAGUGUACUCAGGAGUGUGUACCCAGAUCUUCAGAGAGGAGUUUGGGCUUCACCUGGGGAAGGUGUUCAGCUUCGUACAUCUGAGUGUUCAGGAGUUUCUGGCUGCUUUAUACACAUUAAUGUCUUUCAUUCUUCAGAAGACAAACGUGUUGCAAAACACCAGCAUCUUAAGUUACUUCAUAUAUCCAACCAUGUCUGAUCUCCUGAAGUCUGCAGUGGACAAGGCCUUACAGAGUGAGAAUGGACACCUGGACCUGUUCCUCCGCUUCCUUCUGGGUCUGUCAUUGGAGUCCAAUCAGACUCUCUUAAAAGGCUUAAUGCCACAGACAGGAAGUAGCUCUCAGAACGAACAGGAAAUAGUCAAGUACAUCAAGGAGAAGAUCAGGGAGAAUCCAUCUCCAGAGAAAUCCAUCAAUUUGUUCCACUGUCUGAAUGAACUGAAUGAUGAUUCUCUAGUGCAGGAAGUACAAACUUACCUGAACAGAGGAGGUAACAGUCGUCUCAGUGAAACUAGACUCUCUUCUGCUCAGUGGUCAGCUCUGGUGUUUGUGUUACUGAACUCAGAACAGGAGCUGGAUGUGUUUGAUUUGAGGAAAUAUGAUCCAUCAGAUGAAUGUCUUCUGAGGCUGCUGCCAGUGGUCAAAGCCUCCAGAAAAGUGGAACUCCGUCGGUGUAAUCUAACAGUGCGUAGCUUUAGUGUUCUGUCCUCAGCUCUUAUCUCAAACUUCUGCACACUGAGAGAACUAAACCUGAGUGAGAAUAACCUGCAGGAUUCAGGGGUGAAGCUGCUCUCUGCUGGACUGGAGAGUCCACAUUGUACACUGGAGAAACUGGAUCUUCGUGAUUGUAACCUGACAGAGGAAAGCUGUAGAGUUCUGUCCUCAGUACUCACCUACAAACUGCGAAAAUUGAACCUGAGUGACAAUAAACUGCAGGAUUCAGGAGUGAAGCUGCUCUCUGAUGGACUGAAGAAUCCACACUGUACACUGGAGAAAGUGGAGAUGUGGGAGUGUGGAAUUACAGAUGACGGUUGUGUUGCUCUGGCUUCAGCUCUGAAAUCAAACUCCUCAUCACAGCUCAGGGAACUGGAUCUGAACGAUAAUAAAACAGGAGACUCAGGAGUGAAGCUGCUCUCUGAGAUACUGAAUGAUACACAAUAUAAACUGGAGAAACUACAUAUGACCAUGAGGCCUGGUCUGAUGUGAUCUGAUGUGAUCUGAUCUCACAAAGUGGAUUCUGACAGUUGAGAGAAGUCUUACACACACAAUAUCACACACUAUAUGAGGUCUUCACUGAACAAACAUGUAAAUAUUUCAUAUCAUCUCUAUUAGAGGAGCCAGCAUCUGUUUAACGAUUAUUUACCAUGUCUUACACCUUGGUCUCUGCUCUAUAUAAUAUACUAUACAUGUUGCGGCAAACCGCCCGUCACCCCGCCUUCCCUUAUUAGUACCAGGUGAAACGAAUCCACACUCUGUUGUACCUGCCUGGGCCGGAUAAGGCAGCGCAUUGUUGCUAUUAUUUUUGCACUGGGAAUUGAUGCCACGGCAAAGAGCAGCACUGAAUGAAUGUAGCAUUAAAUGAUGCGCUGUAGGUCACACUUUUGGUUUGAGUAGCGUAUCUUCAAUUCAUGUGGUGUUUGUGUAGUGGGUUAAUAUGUUUUUGUAUAUGUUCAUAUUUUGUUUAACAAUUAGGGUUUGUUAAUUGUUUACCUAAAUUUGAUUUACUUGAAUUUGAUGUAAGUUUGUCUGGUUUAAUUUGGUAAUUCAUGAUUUGGAUAGUUUAAAUACCUUAAAUACUAUAAAAAAUAUAUUGCUUAAAAUUCAUCUGAUAUAAGUAUAUAAAAGACUUAAGUGAGCUGACUAUAUAAUUAAAUAUAGAUUGUUUAAUUAUUAAAAUAGCAAUAAUUGAUUAAUAUGGUUAAAAGCAUGUAGUUAGAGUCCCGUAAAAGAAGCUAUACAGAUGUGAGAGAUUUAGCAACUCCUACAGUAUGUGCAAUAUAGUAAGUCUGGUGAAAUAUUCAUGGUUUAAAUGGUUCAUUAACUUAAUGUACUGAAUGUUCUGUGUAAAAGUUAUAUUAAGUCAUGUUAAACCUGCUACUUUAUGCAUUUUAUUGGGCUUGCUGGUACUUUACACUGUUUGUAUGUUCAUGUCUUUAAAGGGUUUUCACCUUCAGAACUUAAUGCUAUAACAAAUAAAUGGAUGAAAGAAA